AAAAGUGUAUAAUAAAUUGAGUUAUUUAGUUUUUCUGUUUAACACGCUGUUCUAUUGCCGUAAAAAUGGAUAAAUAUUGUCGAGUUUGUGCCCGCUCGGACGAGUUUAAAGAAUUUCCCCUUGAAACCGUUUCCCAAAUAAGCGAUGUUCGAAUAGAUGACAUGCUAAUCUAUUGUACGCAACUGGAGGUCACCAUCGCCGAUAAUCUGCCACAGCAGAUAUGUGCCGAGUGCUUAACGGUCCUUAACUCGGCUUUCACAUUUCGGAGAAUGUGCUUUCACUCGGACAGUAGUUUUCGCAAAAUGAUAGAGGAUGUUAUGGCCGAAACGGAAGAGAUGGUCGUGCCACCCGAUGAGCAGGAUGUUUUAAUACCAAUGACUUCGGCUAACUUCUCCGAGAUAUGCAUAAAGCAGGAAAAUCUAGCCACGGAAGAUUUCUUCGACUCGAUUGUAGCCGGCGCCGAGCUAGAAGAUCUGCCAGCACCUUAUCAGAUGCUACACGAUGAACCGGCGGAAAUGGUUCAGUCUGGCGCGAGGAAAAGGAAAGAAUACCAUGCAUUCGUUUGUGAUACCUGCAAUUACUCGACGAGCAAUCGUUUCAACUUUAAUCGCCAUCAAAAAACGAUGAACCACUCGGGCAGCAGAGUGGUUUCUCUGUCCAAACCCGUUCAAAGCUCCCGACGAAAGCGUAAGAUGAAGAUGGGCAGGAUUAUUCAGUAUAACAAAAAGUUCACAUGUGAAGAUUGUGGAUACCAAAAUGACAACCAGUUCAACUACAAGCGACAUCUUACUUCGGGAAAGCAUUUGAAAAAUUCUUUUUUACGCUUAAAUCCAGGCACGCUAAAGAUGUACUUUCAGUGUGAUUUUUGCAACAAAAACUGCCUGAAACGUCACGCAGGGUGUAAAAGAUUGUGUUAUUUUGCUGAGGGAGUUCCGCCUGAAUGCUUUGGUUUUGUUCCUCGACGAGUGAUACAGGACACUCUUGAAAUAGCAAAAUUGACCCUGGAAAAUGGAUCGCCAAUAUUCACGACUGACAACGCGAACCAACAGAGUGAUGCAGAAUGUAAUCGGCCACCUCUUAAGUUGAUAGAAUUGGUUAUAGAUUUUGUGCAUUGCUAUGCAAUAUCUGUGCAUGGUUUUCGUUGCUGCAAAUGCAGCGUGUUUUUCGCAAACCCAGGCGCACUAAAGAAGCACCGGAGUGUAAAGCACCCUGUUCGGCGCAUUUCAGGGGAUACAGUUAAUCAGUGCGGUAGGUGUUAUCAUCCUUUCCUUAGUGAUGAGAGCUUCCAGUACCAUAAACAGUUGGAGCAUUCGAAAUGGUUGAUAUUUUGUAUUGCCUGUCAAGUAAUGCUAGCCGGUAACACCGCCUGGAACGCCCACAGUCAUUUUCAUCAUGGCAAAAAAACAUCGUUCGGUAGCUUCGAGAUGAUUGUUGUCGGUGAGAAGUUUAGAUGCUGUAGCUGCGAUUAUAUCUUGGAUAGUCAAGAAGCAUUGGAAACACACCAAACAGAAGUACACUUUCCCGACUGGCAGAAUAGUCUCGAUUCGUUAGAGUUGCACGAGUGUGAGAAGUGUUUCAAACAAUUCGCUACGGUCAAACAACUGGCUAGUCAUGUCGAGUUGCGAAUGUCUAAAAGGCUGUACCGUUGUUUGACUCCCAGCUGCCGAAUGGAAUUUAAAAGUGAGCAAGAAGUCUCGCUCCAUGCAAAUAAUUGCUUCAAGCAAGAGCCUACAGCUAAUGUAAGCGAAAACCAACAGAUCGAUCGAAAAAUGCCUCCAUUGGUGAAAUAUUCUUAUAAUCAGUGCGGAAUGACAGCGGACACUGAUCAAUUAAACGAGGGACAUAUAUUUUCGGAAGUGCAAUUAAUUACGCACGAAAGUACCGAACAGUACAGUGAAUUGAAUCGCGCGAUAGCUAAGUCACCAAGUCUUACAAAUAAUAAAAAUCCAACUGAUGAGACAGACGAGCAUGAAGGUGGCGAAGAAAAUUCAACAAAGAAACAGAGAACGGUACCAGUGGAGAAACAAAAAUGCAAUCAAUGCGGCAAGCGUUGUCCAAAUGCAAAUGCUCUCAAAUUGCACGUACUAAAAUCCCACUCCAAGCUCAAAUUCAUGUGCACAACCUGUGGAAAAUGCUACAAAGACAGGCGCACACUAAUAAGGCACAAAAGCAUCCACAACAACUUUCUCCGAUUCCAGUGCUCUCGAUGUCCGUUCAAGACAAGCUCGCAGGGAUUUCUACGUGUCCAUUCGCUCAAGUGUCACUCGAAGCGACGCAAAACGGAGCCCUCCACCGUCGGAUCGACCUGAUAGUUGGUCUAGUUUUCAAACUUCGAAAUUGUUCGAAACCCAACCGGGAAACAGUUUUGAUCCGGCAAGUAUUAGAAAGAACACAAAUGAUAGUCUUCGAAGAGCGAGCCAGCUUUCGGCGUGGUUCAUUUUCGAUGAUACGUUUUAGGUUGAACCAUUUCCACCAGGUGUAGGUAGGUUUUUUUUUAACUAACCCAUGAUGAACCAGAUCGGAAAUCAUUAGUCAAGUGGGGGUUUAACUUUGAUAUGGAAGUCUCUGAUUUUCCAGUGGAGCGUACUACAAACAUGCCUGAGCUAAGUAGGAUAAUUUAGAUACAACGGCGUAAUGAUUGAAAAUCACAGCAUGCAAGAGUUCUAUGUGGUAUGACCACACUAAAGGGUAUUCCAAAAUGAGGUUGAUUUUUAAUCUUUUCAUAGAACACAAGUACAAAUGUAACCGGUCUAUCAAAGUCCACAUAAGAAAAAAGCCGCUCUACUCAUUUGAGCCCUUUUUCUAAAUGUCCUCAAAAACUUAGUCCUAUUCUGUAUUCCAUCGGACUGGUACAUUCCAAUGAAAUGUUAAAGAGCAAAUUAGAUAGCCCUCCUAACUACCUAACAGCAUAAACGUGUCCGAUAUUUUAGCCUUCGUAUCAGCUAAUCAGCUUUGUUAGAAAACUAUAAGCUGCUAAACCACAAUUCAAUUCGCUUGACUGAAUCGUGCGCAGCCUUGAAGUCCACGAAACUCGUCAACAGUUUUCCUACAGUAACUUCGGUAACAGCUGCACUUGAAUUUGAAUCGAUGGACUUGUUUUUAGAUAGGGCAUAUGAGUAUGAUUCUUGCCAGUUCAUUCCUUUGGAAGUUUGACUUUAAUUUUCAAAAGUUCAGUAGGGAGGCUGCCCUUCCCAGCAGCCUUGUCGCUUUUCAGUGCUAGCAGAUUUUUUUUAACUCGUCCUAAGUUCGAGGAUCCAGAGAUUGUCUAUCAGCCUAAUGCAUUGGCAUUUCGUUGACCAGGUCCAGCUCCUGAUUCCAACUCUGUUCUUCCCACUCACUCACUGGAAGUGGUUGCGAUAGGAUUAAUUAAUUACUUUACUUUAGUGGCGAUGGUCCGUUAUGGAUUCUGCGCCGAAUAAAUUAUGGUCCUCCAGUACUGUCGAUCCUGAGCUGCCGUUCGCCAAUCCUCUCGAAAUCUAUGACCUCUUCCUGGUUCUCUGCAGAAAAUAGUUUUAGCUGCUCUUCCGUCGUGCAUUCUGGUUACGCACUCAGCUCCUCGCAGCCUGCUACAUUAUACUACUUUCAUUAUUUCAGCAUGUUUGUAUACUUGAUACAGCUCGUGGCGCAUGCGUCUGCGCCAUGCUUCAUUUUCCAUGGAGGCCUAAAAGCCUUUUCUACUGCGGCGAAAGUAGGCUUGAUUUCCAGCUUGAAUGCGUUGAAUCUCCAUACUCGUAUUAUUAUUGGCGGUGACCAGAGAUCCCAAAUAUACGAAUUCUACAAGCUCUUCCAGUUCAUCGCCGUCCAAAGUCACUGUCCAUGAGAAGCAUACGUUACUUUUGGUUUUUGACGCAUUGAUUUGCAACCCUAUACUCCUAGCCUCCGCCGUCCCAAGGUUUCUAGUAAUGAUGUCGACGUCGUCUGCGAAGACUAGGAGGGGCUACUCUUGCUAGAGAUACCCACUCGCCGGAUCAUACCUUCAAUAGCGAUAUUCAAUAACAUACAAGACGUCCAUCCCUCUGCGCAAUUCGAAAGGACCUGAGGGUGUUCCCGAAACGCGCACGUAACACAUCACUCGCCCCAGGGUAGCUUUGAUCAGCCGCGUUAGUUUGUCCGGAAAACCGUAUUCGUGCAGCUGUUUGCGUUCAACAGUAUCGUAUGCUGCUCCGAAAUUCACGAAAGUAUGAUACGUGGGCACGUACUCUCGGCAUUUCUGGAGGAUUUGUCGGAGAGUGAAAAUUUAAUCCGUAGUAGCACGGGCCGCCAUAAAACCUGCCUGAUACUGUCCUACGAAUUAUUUUGCUAUUGGGGAUAGACAACGGCCGCAAAUUUAAAACUUAACCUUAAAUUGGAAAUUCUUUUAGUUUUAUAAAAUCCAUUCAAGCGACAUCCAGUAGAAUGUAAAACAUUCGAAUGAAUUUCAAAUGAAGUACUCAAACAAUACUUGUAAUUUGUGUAUUGGUAUGACCCAAUAUUUCAAGAGAAAAACGAAAAUAUAUCUAUACGAUGGCAGUGAAAAAUGAAAACUUUUGUAAGAGUAUAAUAGCUUUGUACAUAUAGAUGCAUGAUUGUAUUUUAUUUAGUUCAAAUAGCAUAAAACAUGUAUUCGUUUAUGUAAAUAAAAAGC